AUGGCCGAGGAAAACGGACGGCUACUUCCGGAAGAUGCCUCUUUAGCGGCCGAAGCAGAGACAUUGACAGAUGCUCCGCCCCUCAUGACAAAUGCUGUGUGUUCAAACACCUUUGCUGACUAUCAGAAACAGUCCGAGCUUGAUAGACCUAGUACGAGCGGUGGAAUCGAUUCAUCCAUCACAGCCACAGAUUUCUCUCCGCAGUCUUCUCUGCCAAGUGCUUCUUCCAAGAUUGUCAACAUAAGAGUCAAACAAACAGACAGCGUAAGUGCAUCUGCUCCACCAUCACCAGCGCGUAGUCCCAGAGCGUUACGUCAUUUAGGGAACCACAAUUCCGUAGAAAAUAAAAAAGAGACCGAUAGAGAACAAUGUCUUAUUAUUCAGGGCCUCCCUGAAUCAAGUGCAAUUACUCCCAAGGAGCGAAUUUCGGAAGACCUAUCACUCUUCCAAGGUCUUCUCAAUAAUAUUUUGGAACCCACGGAGGCUAUUGAAGUGAUCAAAGCCUUCCGCCUUGGAAAACGAGCAGAUAAUCCAUCAAUGUCCACUCGUCCCCCGGGUCUAAAAGUUGUGCUGGCCAGCAGCGACCAAGCCAGUCUCAUUUACUCCAGGCGAUUCAGGAUUAAAGGCUCCAACCCAGGUGUUUUUUUUUCAACCGGACUACUCGCCAGCCGAACGGCUCAAACGUCGUCAGCUAGUCCUAGAACUAAGAAAGAGGCUCAGCGAGGGGGAGAACAAUUUAGUAAUAUACAACAACCAAGUACGGCGGCGUCCGUCACUCUUUCUUUGGACAGGUCCUGUCCGAAUGACCGCGCAGCCGACAUAUUAAGUGAAGGCGCUAACCCAAAUGUAACCACAUCCUCCGUCAGCCGGAAAUUGAAAUUCUUGUACACCAACGUGCAGAGUUUGCUAUCAAAGUUCGACGAACUGAAGAUCCACCUCUGCGACCUAUCCCCUGACGUAAUCUCUCUAACAGAAACCUGGUUGACCCAACACAUGGACGACCGUGAGCUGGCCUUGCCUGGCUACCAGAUGUUUAGAAGGGAUAGGGAAGGGCGUCAGGGAGGAGGCGUACUCACGUAUGUAAAAAUGGGCUAAAUGUAUCAGACAAGACCGAUAACUUUUCGUGCAGUUCCGAGGCAAUCUGGUUGUCUAUUAAAGUGCCGAGCUCGCCUAGCCUCGAUGUCCUGACAGUUUAUCGACCGCCGAGACGGGACAACAUGGCCGACGCUCGCCUGCUGGAGGAGCUCGAAAAGUUCGCUACGCGGCCGGAUAUCCUAAUCAUGGGCGACUUUAACGCGCCCCAUAUUAACUGGAGCUCAACCCAUGCAAAUGGCUCAGAACAGACCUUCGAUAGGAGUUUUCUGAACACGGCACUGAAGCUAUUUCUCACUCAACACGUCAUGUUACCAACUAGAGUACGCGAAGGCCAACAAGCCAACUGCCUUGAUCUUGUCCUUACGAAGUCACAGGACAGCAUUGAUGAGGUUUCAUAG